AUGCCCGAAGCAGGCUCAGUUUUAAAAUUUGAUGCGUUGGGCAAAACAGUUAGACAUCCGUUUGUGAUAUAUGCCGAUUUCGAAGCACUUUUAAUAAAACCAGAUAUUUCAGACAACAAAGGUGGAAAUACUAAUAUUGUUGAGGAUCAUAAACUAAUGUCAUAUGGAUUUUUUGUAAAGGCUGCAGACAAUAUACCCAUAGACAUUUUAAAACAGUAUAACAUCCCUCUAACGCCCAUAUGGUUUCGUGGAUCACAAACAAUCAAUUCUGAAGAAGUAGCAAAACGCUUCGUGGAGGCAAUUGUCGAAGUAGCUACAAACAUAAGUGGUCUACUUCAGACGAAUACACCAAUAAAAUUUACCGAUACUGAAGCUCAGAGAUUUCUCGAUAGCUGUCGUUUUACACCAAGUUGCCUGUCUGCAUUGACCACAGAUCUUGCCAAAGCCGGUCUUUCUAAUUUCCGAGAGACAGCCAAAGUGUUUUGCCCCGAAGACAUGCCAUUAGUGACCAAAAAAGGAGUUUUUCCCUAUUCUUUCGUCGACGACUGGUCAAAACUUGAGGUCACCAGUUUGCCAGCACGUGAACAGUUCUUUAAUUCACUCACAGGUAAACAUAUUAGCAUAAAAGAUUACGAACAUGCAUUACAAGUUUGGAAUCAUUUUAAAUGUAAAACCUUGGGGGAGUACAGUGAUAUUUACAUGAAAGUCGACAUAAUGGCUCUUACCGAUGUAUUUGAACAAUUUCGUAAUUUAUGUAUGGACACGUACAACUUGGAUGCAGUAUUCUACUUUACGAGCCCCGGAUUAAGUUUCGACGCUAUGUUAAAACAUAGCAUGGUGCAUUUGGAUCUUUUAAAUGACUAUGAAAUGGUACUGCUAAUUGAAAAUGGAAUCCGCGGUGGCCUCAUACAGGCCUGUACACGUUGGGCUAAAGCUAAUAAUCCUAAGACACCUGGUUAUAAUCCUGACAAGCCGAACACAUGGUUAGUUUACCAAGACGCCACAAAUUUAUAUGGUUAUGCAAUGAGCCGUUAUAUGCCAUCUGGAAGCUUUCAGUGGUACACCGGAAGCGGGGAGGAAGCACUGAAGGGUUUGGACUCUAUGACGGAACAGUCUGAAACAGGUAUGAUUUUCGAAGUUGAUAUAGCUUAUCCAUCAACUCUACAUGAUGAACAUAACGAAUAUCCAUUCCUUCCUGAGCUUAAAUGUCCUCCAAAUUCAAAAACGAAAAAACUGUUGGCCACACUUGAGGAUAAAAAAAAAUACGUAAUUCACUAUAUGAAUUUAAAACAAGCGAUUGCGAAUGGCUUAAAGGUUGAGAAGGUGCAUAGAGUUUUACAAUUUCAUCAAUCCCCUUGGCUCGCUUCUUAUAUAGAUCUUAACACUCAAAAACGUUUUGCAGUGCUGGAGCUAAGUAAAGUUUUAAUGUACGAAUAUCAUUACAAUGUUAUGCGAAAACACUUUAAAGAUGUUAUUGAAUUCGUUUAUGGUGAUACAGACUCACUUAUAUAUUUGAUCAAAACACAAGAUUUUUACGAGGAUGUCAGAAAAACACCAGAACUUCUAAGUCGGUUGGAUACAUCAAAUUUACCGAUUGAUCAUCCGUGUUACUCGGUAGAACGUAAAAAAGUUCCAGGGACAUUCACCGAUGAAUUAGCAGGUCUUACGAUGCAUGAAAUAAUUGCAUUGCGAUCGAAGUUGUAUGGGUUUAGCAAAGAAAACGUCUAUAAGUCUCUGGAAACAGAAUGGAGUAUAAGAGCUUAUGUAACUAAAAAACAUAUGGUUCUUGAUGACUUAAAAAGAUGUCUUUUCGAUGACGACAGUGAGGAUGAUAUGGACAUUUAUGGUUUCAAUAAAGCAGAAGCAAAACUGACUGCUCAUAAUUGUGCUCUUAAGACCCUAGAAUAUGCCAACUAUGACUUAAAUACAUCAAGUAGUACUUCAUAUCGCUACGAUUACACUCCAUAUAGAGAGAAUAUAUCUAUAAGGUCGUUCAAACAUAAAAUUUGUACCGUUAAAACAAUGAAAUUAGCACUAAACCGAAAUGAUGACAAGAGGAUUGUGCUUUGUGACAGGAUUCAUACUUUAGCAAUUGGUCAUUAUAAAAUCAAGUAA